AGAUCAAAUGGGAGUGAGAAGCAAUUUGGUGGAAUGGACUCCAUUCAUAGCAAUGGUGACUGUGGAGUGCCUUAACGUGGGGCUGUCCACGUUGAGUAAAGCAGCCAUGUCAAGAGGAGUGAACCACUUCGUCCUUGUUGUCUACUCCAAUGUUCUUGCUACUCUCAUACUCCUCCCUUCCUCUUUCUUCAUAGACAGAACAAGACCAUCCCUUUCUUUCUCGCUUCUCUGCAAGUUCUUCCUCCUCGGCAUUCUAGGCAUAACUGUCAUGCAGAAUUGUGUUUUCAUCGGCAUUAACUACAGCUCUCCCACUCUUGGAUCCACUAUGAGCAAUUUGUCUCCAGCAAUCACUUUUGUGCUAGCGGUUACCCUCAGGAUGGAGAAGUUGAAUAUUAGAAGCUCAAUAAGCCAGAUCAAGGUCAUGGGCGCAGUGCUGUCCAUAUCUGGAGCAUUAGUUGUUACCUUUUACAAGGGCAGUUCCAUCAGCACCUUUAGAAUUCAACCAUCUUUGUUGGCUGAAACCAAUAACUGGGUCAUUGGGGGUCUCGUCUUUGCCAUGGCCUCUGUUUCUUUUGCAGCCUGGAAUAUUACUCAGGCAGUAAUUAUGAAAGAAUAUUCAUAUCAAUCAACCAUAAUAGCCUACUAUUGCCUGUUUGGAACUAUCCAAAGUACAAUACUUUCUCUAAUUGUAGUCAGAGAUUCAAAUGCAUGGAAAAUAAGCCUCGAUGUUGACCUCAUCUGUAUAUUCUAUUCAGCUAUUGCGGGAAGUGUUGUGACAUUUUCUGUAACGGCAUGGUGCAUAAAAAGGAAAGGACCUGUAUUUGUUAGCAUGUUCAAGCCUGCGGGGAUUGCCCUUGCUGCCUUUUCCAGUGUUGCCUUCCUUGGUGAAACACUCCAUGUUGGCAGUAUCAUUGGCGCAGUUAUAAUCGCCAUCGGACUUUACACAGUAUUGUGGGCACAAUCAAAAGAGGAAAACGUGAAAGGUCUCGAAGUUGAUAGAAAACCAUCCCCAUCUACCCAAACAAGUCCUCUACUAGAGUCCCACCAAAGAAACAUUUUAGCAUAACCAUUUAGAACAUGUUUAGGAAUCUAUUGCAAAAUUAUGUUUGAGGCAAAGAUAAUUUUGUCAACGGAUCAGAAUAUUUAUUUUUGCGUUCAUUUUGCUUUUAUCUAUUGGAUUUCGUGUUGAAAUAUGCAUGGUAACAUUUCCAACUACAAAUCAAAUAUGUACUUAUCUGAUGACUAUGUUCAUCU